UUAUCGGCAAGGCAAACAAUGAAUGCACGACGUAUAACGACGUCUCGUUCUAGAACGAAAACGCGAAAUUGUUAUUAAAAAGUGAGCAGGCGUACAAUUACGUGUAAAAACCCGGUCACCACCACAAAUGCAAGUGCAAGUGUAUGCCAAGCAAUAGCAACAAAUUGCGCGUGAGAUUUAGAUAGCUUCCUGAGUAGCGUCACGUAGACGGCAAAGCGAUUUGCAAAUCGAUAUUCACACUCACACACACAAACGCACGCACACACACAAAAAUAGAAACACACCAGUACAAACAGUAUGGAAAACACAUUAGAAGGUGGCGGCAGCGACGGCGGCGGUGGCGAUGAUGGCGAAAAUAAUAUUUUGCCGCUCGCAACCAUGUGUCAGGACACCACUACCGCACCCAGCACCACGCCUGCUUCCCUAGUUCCAGAAGCAUCAGCGACAAUGAUAAGCAGCGACGCAGAACUUGCUGCGGCGUCAUCGGUGGUAAUGGCAACAAACAACAACAACAGCAGCAAAAAUUCGCAAUUGGAGAACGAAGAAGAGACGAGCACGUUGGCGAUAGAACAGAAGCAACACAACCACCACAACAAUAAUAAUAAUAACAACAAUAACGAGAGCAGCACUAAAACUAAGCAAGAGCAAGAGCAGCUGUCAAAAGGGGUUGACGAUGGCAAUGCAAAUACCACAACAACUAAAACUACAACAACAACAGCUACAACGAAUAAUGUCAAAGUGACGGAAACAGCGCCGACAGCGACGCCAACAAAGGCAGCGACGGCAGCGGCAGCGACUAGUGCCGAAUCAGACAGCAACAAAACGGCAGAACGUAAUCACAAGAAGAAAAAGAAAGAUAAGGAACGCGAACGGGAUGAUGAUAAGCGCCACAACAACAGCAGCAGUAGCAGCAGUGAUCCACGCAAGGAUCGCGAAAGCAAGACGAGCAGCAGCAACAGCAGCAGCAGCAAAUCCUAUACGAAUCGUCAUAGCAGCGAUUACAAGAACAGUUCCAGUUCCUCAUCCUCCAGCAGCUCACGUAGCAAAGAUAAAAAACCUCAUAGAAGCGAUCGCGAUAGAGAUCGAGAAAGGGAAAAGGAUCGGGAUCGUGAGAGGGAUAGAGAGAGAGAACGUGACAGGGAUCGAGAGCGGGAUAGGGAGAAGAUACCAUCGUCAUCGUCAAGUUGCUCAUCGAAUUCACAUUCAGGUCGGCGUCGCAGUUCGGACAGCAGUCGGAGCAGCAGUAACAACAGUUCCAGCAAGCUGACUGUCAUAAAAGAAGAGAAGGAUAAGGGAAAGGACAAAGAGAAGGAAUCGAUCGUGGAGCAGCCAAUCAAAGUGGAAGUAGAGCAGCAGCAGCUGAAGGAACCUGAAGCAGGAAACAAUGUACUUAGUAACAACAUUAUAAACAACAGCAAACACAUCAAGUCGGAGAGUGAGAUCAAAAAGGAAGCAAUUGAAACGAAGCCUUUGCUCAAUGGCGAUGCUAACAAAACAGUGAUAAAAACACGUGAGGAAAUCACGCGACAACUGAGCUUUAACUCACAGCCAGAUCCUGUAAAGAAGGAGAACAACACGAACCCAGAUAAUAUAAAGAAGGAGAACAAUACGAACCCAGAUCCAGUAAAGAAGGAAAACAACAAUUCAAACACGAGCACCGCUACCAACUCCUCAUCCGUUUUAAUGCCUUCACCAGCGCCAAAAAGUAAUAGCGGCAGCAGCGGCAAUCAUCAUUCCUCAUCUUCAUCAUCCAGUUGCAGUGUACGCAAAUCGUCAUCCUCAUCGUCAUCCAGCUCAUCGAACAGUCAUCACAAGACAUCGUCAUCGUCGUCCUCCUCAUCAUCGUCCUCGUCACGUCAUUCUUCGUCGUUCUCCUCACGCGACUGCUCUAAGUGUUAUAAACGAUCCAAGAUACGACGCAGCAGCGUUGGGGUUCAAUGCUUGCAACAUGCACCGGUUUCCGGAGCCUGGCAAACGGUUCAGAGUCUGCCACCGCCACCAGUGGCAAGUCGCAAGGCUCCUGGGGGACUGGAAAAUCUCAAAUACGGUCAAUACUUUCAAGUGGAACAGUAUCCGAAUGGUGGCGCCUCCGUUGUGCAUUUGUAUCAGCAUGAAAUUGAUGCACUGCCGCCCGAUGAAAUGGAGCAGCUGGUGGAUGAGUUCUUUAGCGUAUGUUUUGCCGAAGACGAGCAGGGUAAUGCGCAUCAUGUAAUGGGCAUUGUGCACGAUUCUGCGCGCUAUAUACCCGAUCUGCUGGAGCACAUGGCCGAGAACUAUUCAACGCUUACAGUUAAGGCAGGCGUUCUCGGUCGCAACUCUGACAUUGAGACAUGCACCAUGGCGCAGUACAAUGAACAGGUGGUGCGCAAUUAUUGCCAAGGCACAUUUCGCUAUGGGCCACUGCAUCAGAUCAGUCUGGUGGGCAAAGUGCAUGAGGAAGUUGGCGGUUAUUUUCCGGAUUUACUCGGUCGCAUCGAGCAGAAUCCUUUUCUAUGCAAGACAAUGCCCUGGGGUGUCAAUUCCAUAUUGCAAACGGAUCCGCGGCAAUCAAACGAUGGUCCAAUCUUGUGGAUACGCGCCGGCGAGCAACUGGUGCCCACGGCGGAGUUAAACAGCAAGACGCCACUCAAGCGACAGCGGACUCGCAUCAAUGAGCUGCGCAACUUGCAGUAUCUGCCACGUUUAUCAGAGGCACGUGAAACAAUGAUUGAGGAUCGCACAAAGGCGCAUGCGGAUCAUGUGGGACAUGGACACGAACGCAUCACCACCGCGGCAGUUGGUAUUCUCAAGGCUGUGCAUUGCGGACAAUCCUAUAACCAAAAUCGCAUCACUAAAGAUGUGGUCGCCUUUGCCGCUCAGGACUUUAAUACAUUGGUGGAGAUGCUGCAACUCGAUUUGCAUGAGCCGCCAAUAUCCCAGUGUGUGCAGUGGAUCGAAGAUGCCAAGCUCAAUCAGCUGCGACGCGAUGGCAUUCGCUAUGCGCGCAUUCAGCUAUGCGACAACGACAUCUACUUUCUGCCACGCAACAUUAUCCAUCAGUUUCGCACGGUGACAGCUGUGACGAGCAUAGCUUGGCACUUGCGAUUGCGUCAGUAUUAUCCCGGCCAAGAGGUGAUCAACGAGAAAAACAAUCCCGUGCUGGCCGAGACGCCGCAUUACAAGGAGAAGCAAACCAUAUUGCCCAAUCCUAUUGGUCACGACGAGCCUGGCAAGAAGACGCCUUCGAAGCGUACACACGACGGCAAGGCGAAGCGCAAGGCCAUUGAUAUCGAUGGCAAGGAGCGACGUUCCAGCGAAAGCAGCCUUGAGGAUCACUCUCCAGCCAGUGCUUCGCCCACACAGCAAACCAAAAGCAGCAGCAAUAACAGCAGCAGCGCCAACAACAAUAGCAACAGCAGCACGCCUAGAAAGAAAACGAACAAAGACGACGCUAAGAUUGAUAUGCGCAAAAUGGUUUUGGAUCACACUUACAAGUUGAAGGCGGCGUCUUCGGCUGUUACAGUGCUCGAGAAGGAGAGAAAAGUGUCCAGCAAGGAUAAGGACAAGUCCAGUCGUGACAAAGAUAAGGAUAAAGACAAAGAUACGGAUAGAGAUAAGGAAAGGGAAAGGGAAAAGGAGAAAGAUAAGGAGAAGGAACGCAGCAGAAAGGAGCAUAAGACCGAUCAGACAACACCUACAGCUUCGCCAGCAAAGAUGCCACGCCUAACCAACGAAACUAGCACAGCAACAGCUUCAGCAGCUGUCACUGCAGUUGCCACAGCUGCAGCGCCUCCACUGCCUGUCAUGCUGCCGCUGCUGCCUCUAGUGCCUCAGACACCCUUCAUGCAUCGCGAAGCGUAUGUGAACAGCUUGAAUCAAAAGGAGCCUGAAAUCAAAAUACAAGUGAAAAUGGUCUCUGAUGAGCCCACAGCUAAGAAUGAAGUAGUCCCAGCACCACCAACAGCAACAACAACAGUAGUAACAACAACUCCAUCCUCUCCCCCACCGAUUAUUGCGCCCGAUCCAGUUGAAGAUGUUGGCAAUGAGCUAAUUGUAGAGAGCACGCCACAACUCGUAGUGGACCACGAGGAGGAAGUAUGUGAAGAGGUUGUUAUACCACUGGACAUAGCACCUCCACCACCACCGGCACCGCCGAUACCGACACCAACGCCGCCCAAGACAACCACAAUGCCUGUUGUGCGCAUUACAUCGACGCAAUCAGCGACGACAACAACGCCACAAGUAGUUAAAGUUGUGUUGCCGGCUGCGUCGCUGACGCCGCUCGUGGGUCGCCUGUCCGCUGUGGUGUUGACGCCACCAUUGCCGCCAAUGCCAUUGCCACCACCACCGCCGCCACCUCCACCACCAACAGCAGCAGGAGCAGCAGCAACAGCCACAAUUGUGACAACUCUAAAUAGAAGCACGAGCUUGCAGAAGACAACAAGCAGCAGCAACAGCAACAGUAGCAGCACCACAACCACCUAUAAAACGUUCCAUGUACCCUCGCACAAGAUCAUUCUAACCGGCAGCAGAGCUGCAGCCAAAUCCGCAUCCGUUACCCCAGUCGAUCUGCUUGGCUCGAUCAUGGCCAGCAUGGACAAUAAGCCCAGUAUAACCAACUCCUCAGCAACUGCCGCCACAGCGUCCGCAUCAUCAGCGACAGCCUCAGCUGGCAACAGCAAAAGUUCGACCACAAAUACUUCCUCGCUGUCCUCCUACGCCAACUCCAAUAACAGCUACUGAGAAAUUGUGGCCGGCGCAGCAGGAAACGCAGCAGCAGCAGCCCAGAGGCUCCUUCUCCAACUCCUGAAUGCACGAUGUCAUCCAGAGCAUCGUGCAACACACACAUUAUUAAUUAUUGCAGCUACACACAAUUGUUGCAAAUUGUUUCUGUAAAUUUGUUUGUUUUGGAAGCAACUCAAGAGCAUAGCAUUGAAGCGUUUAACGCAACUCAAAAACUUGUCUUGAGUUGGUUCUAAGAAUCGUUUAACUGUAUAUAUAGAAAAAAAGAAAAGGGGAAUUAAGUACGUAUAUGAAAGCAACUAAAGCCUAAACAUAUACAUACCCUAUAUAUAUUAUAUUUGAUAACUGUAGAGAAUUAAGCUCAAAACAAAAUGCUAAACACUUUUUAGACAUGUAGAAA